GCGUGGUAGAAAACGAUUAAGCAUUAUGCCAUCCAAUAAAAAACACAAACAAAAUUUAACAAAUCAACGUGCUUUUCGAGAACGCCGAGAAAAUUAUUUAAGGAAUUUAGAAAAUAAAGUAGAAAUGUACGAAAAAGCAUAUGCUGAAUAUCAAAAUGAAAAUAGGUUGUUAAAAGAGGAG